AUGGCUGGCGAGCUUGCCUUCAACGCCGCCUUCAUGUACUCGGGGCACAUGCCCGUCCCCGUCCACCGACCCAGGCCGACGCAGCAGCAGCAACAACAGCAGCAGCAGCAGCAACAACGCCGACGCUCCAGCGGCCUCCCGUCCACCGCUCGUCGCUCCAAUUCCACCUCACGAGCCGACUACCAGGGCGCCCGUCGCAAGCUCGGCCACUCGCGCACCUCGAGCGGCAGCCAGGCGAGCCGCUCGUCUCACGAGACGUCGCUGCACGACCGCCCCGCCGCCAGCGCGACCACGGCCACGACGGCGGGCACGACCGUGUUGACGGCCGGGAGCUUCGACGGUCUCAAGUCAGCCGCCGGCUCGCCCAGGGUCGCAUCCGCCAAGUCUCCCUCCUCGAUGAACCGUCCACGCUUCGCAGAAGGCGUGCAUGGCUUCGAUAUGAAUGUCCACGCCACGAGCGCCGAGUCCGUCUCGUCUGCCAGCGGCGCAACCUCCAUCUCCGCCCGCACGACCAUGACCUCCGACCCGACCGCCGGCGAGGGCGCGGCCUCGCGGCCCUUUGUCUUGCGCAACGGACGAACCUACCUCCACGACAUCCCCUACCCGCUGCCCUCGGACCUGACGGAGCUACAUCGCCAAUCGCUGCGGACGCUCCUGCUGAUCCAGCUCUUCGGCGCGCCCGUGUGCUCGCCGGCGCUCAUCAAGAAGCCGCCCCAGCGGGUGCUCGAGAUCGGCUGCGGCUCCGGCUUCUGGAGCAUGAUGUGCCACCGCUACUUCAAGGGCCGCGGCCACGGCGGCAUCUCCUUCACCGGCAUUGACAUCGCGCCACUGGCUCCCGAGGCAGGCAAGCCGGACCCGGACAUGAAGUGGCGCUUCAUCGGCUGGGACCUGCGGCAGCUCCCGUGGCCGCUGCCCACCGGCGAGUUCGACCUGGUAAUGGUCAAGGACAUGAGCCUUGCCACCACGAACAAGCAGAACCAGGCCUUCAUCGACGAGUACCUGCGCCUGCUGCGGCCCGGCGGCACGCUGGAGAUUUGGGAGUCGGAUCACUUGAUCCGCAUGCUGCGGCCGCACGUGCCCGGCUCCGCGCAGGGCGGUGGCGCCGACGCCGACGAGCAGGAGGCGGCCGCCAGCCUCGGCGCGUACGUCAUGUCGGCAAACACGCCGCUGUCGGCGCCGCUUAACGCGUUCCUCGUCGAGUACAACAACUGGCUCUCGCGAGCGCUGGAGAACCUGGACCUCAACGCUGUGCCUUGCACGCUCAUCGGGCCCGCGCUACUGCAGGAAUCGGAGACACUGGCCGACGUACGCUCGCGACGCUUGGCCGUGCCCCUGGGCGAGGUGCGCUGGGAGCGCGAGGGCGUCGACGUGGUCCUCACACGCAAUGGGCAGGACGAGGCCAAGGGCAAAGGCGUCCCCGCGCAGCAGAGGACGGAACAGCGCGCCCUCACGGCCGGGCAGCAUGCGCUGCGCAAGACGGCACUCCUGACGGUCGUGCAACAGGUACAGGCGCUCGAGCCCAUCCUGCGCGACGUCAGCGGCAAGAGCCAGGACGAGUGGGACGUCUGGCUCGGGAAAAUGAUGGGCGACCUCAUGGGAGACGGCGGCGCGAGCUGGGGCGAGUGCCUCGAGGUCGGCGCGUGGUGGGCCAAGAAGAGGAGCGACGAUUGA